AUGGACGUGGUAAUGAGGAUCCUAAGAAGCGCGCUGCAAUACCUUGUCCCAGAUUCAGAAGAGGCUUCCCCAAACACAAAAAUGGACAAACAAACAGAAUGGCAGAAUUUGGAUCGUUACCAAGAUGUUUUCGGUCAAUUACCGAUGCUGCAAGCGUACAGCCACCUGAUUCUCACGUUCCCCAUGCCAGAGAACGUCUCACGCGAGGAAGUCGUCAAGGACCUGGAAACUGCAAUGGCAAAGGUCAGAAGAAACCUACCUUGGAUGGGGGCUCAAAUUAUCAAUGUCGGCAAAGGGCCUGGCAAUUCAGGGGUGAAUAAAUAUGCCCCAAGCCCUCUGCCUGAACACAACAUCGUCGUCAAAGAUGUCUCCAGUGAAUUCCCAACAUAUGCAGAGGUCAAGCGGGUCAAAGCUCCAAUUCAGAUGCUGGACUCAGCUUUUCUUUCGCCCUGUUCGUCGUUUCCCCAACCGUUCCAGGGAUCUGAAGAAGACCCCGCACAAGCGAUACGGCUCCAGGUGAGCUUUAUCAACGGAGGUGUCUUUCUGGACUUUGUCAUUCAUCACGCAACAUGUGAUGCCGGAGGCCAUUUCUGGCUGGCGCGCUUGGUUGCAAUGUCAUUGCGAGGAGAAGAAUUUCCGGAAUCCUUCCUCGAAGAAGCCAAUAGAGACCGUAGAAAGUUGUUCCCUCUGCUCGGCCCCGAUGAGCCCAUGCUGGACCACAGCAAUCUCAAACGCCCGCCAAUCACGGCAGAUAACCCCAUCGUAGCUCCGACCACGACCACUUGGCACUUCUUUCGCCUGAGUGCGGCAAAAAUGGCUGCCUUGAAGAACUUGGCCAGUCAAAAGGAGGGGUAUGAGCCGGGUGUGCCAUAUAUUACGACAGACGAUGCUAUUAGUGCCUUUUGCUGGCAGCGAUUUAUCGCGGUUCGCCAGUCGCGACUGGAUCCGAACACUAUGGCCAAGUUUUCACGCACGAUUGACGGCCGAAAGUCAUUGGGCAUUUCUUCCAAUUACUUGGGCGACGUUAUACACAACGUACAGACGAUCGUAUCCGUCAAGGACUUGGUCGAAAAGCCCCUUGCAAAUAUUGCAUCACGCAUGCGCAAACGGCUAAACGAUGUUAGCAACGCUUAUCAUAUCCGCAGUUUUGCCUCGUUCAUCAUGAGCCAGCCAGACAAGUCCACCAUCACGUAUGGCGGGCGUGUCAACACGGAAACUGAUAUCGGAUCGUCCUCGGUUCGGGCGGCCGAAUUGUACUUUGAUUUUGGCAAGUUGGGUCGGCCAGAUUUUGUAAGACGGCCUUGCCUCAAGGGUGUAUCGUGUCCAGGACUUUUGGCCUUUUUACCGCAGAAUCUAGACGGCGAUUGUGACUUUGUUGCGGCCCUGACCGAGGAAGACGUGGCGAAGCUGAACGCAGACCCGGUGUGGACCCAGUAUUUGCAAAAUGAUCGGCUAUGUAGGCGAGCAUGUCCUCAACUUCCUCAACUGAUCGACAUCGCGUCUCUAAGCGCUGGCAUCAUGCGUGCGAGAAUUGCAGGUGUGUCGCGCGCUGCUUCGAUUUCGACUGCCCAAGAUGCUGACAACGGCCCAGGAGAAAGAAGACUCGGUGUCCUGGAGAGAGACCAGCGUGCUCAACCUGUGCGCGCCUCUAUCAGUCCGGAACCUCCGAGUCAAAGAGAGCCAUCUAACUCUUCUGCUGGGCCUACAAAUAACACCCAAACAGCGCCUGCAGCAGCUGUUCAUCGGCCACUACCAUCAGCAGUAUCAGAGUCCCUGCCUCCGAGAGACAUUAUUUUAGAGAUUAUAGGCCAUUACUUUCAGUACUGCCACCGGCAGCCACUCUGGCUGUUUGAACACCAUGAGCUAUCGCCACUUGAUGGGCUGCCAGAAGAAGUAAUAUUUUCGUUAUUGGCGCUUGCUAUACGAUUCUCGACUCGGGAAGGUCUUUCCAACCAAGCCCUGGAACUUUCCCAGAAAUAUGCAGAAGUUGCACGUGGCCAUAUCAUGUUUAGGAUUGCGCAGGGAGCAGUUCAGUUGUCAACGAUACAAAGCUUGUGCCUCCUGGCUUUUUCAAACUUUGUUGCCCACGAUACUAACCUGGCCUGGCUAAACAUCAAUUUGGCAAAUUCGCUAUGCAUGGCAGCAGAUCUGGACCUGGAAAAAAACAGCGCAUCCUCUUCUCCAUCAAGAGAAGCAAAAAGAAAGGUUUUCUAUAGCCUCCAUAUACUCAACGAACUCUAUGCUCCUGGCUCAACGAUGCUCAACAUGCUCGACGACAUCGAGAACCCGCGGUAUAUGGAACCCAAACGAGACCCAUCCAGGGAAUUAGGACGACCGCCGCCGUUGACUCCGCGUGAUUCGGCCAAUAUCGCCCAGCCAGAGCGAGAGGGCAUAUGGACAUAUAUGGUUCAGCAAACAUCUUUGUGGCGGGAAGUUCGAGGUUACGUUGCGCAAUGUGCAGAUGGCAAUCCAAAGCCACCAUGGUCUCCGGAAUCUGGGUACGACGCCGUGAGGUUCCUUGACCGGUCAAACGAGGAAUUGCAGAAUAAUCGUGACUAUUGGAGUCCCUGGUUGGUUCUCCAAUUUUGUUACCACGCGAUUCAUAGUAUGCUCAACCAUCCUUUUUUAUACUCUUCCCGCCCGCAUCAGUUUGUACAGAUGUCUGUUCCUAACACUUUCUGGAAAACUUCGUCGGAACUGGCAUUGCUUCACUCUACCUGGACAGCUCGGUUGAUUGACAUGGUCUGGGAAAAGGAUUACCGUGUGUCUGAUCCGUUCAUCGGCUAUUGUGCUGCGAUUGCGGCUACGAUACACAUAUAUUACUGCCGUGCUGCUGAUAUUCGUGUUCGCACUUCGGCGCAAAACAAACUAGACAAAUGUAUGAGAUUUGUUAAUGAGUUGGGUACUGUUUGGCCAGUGUGUCAAUGGAUCUACGACCGACUCGACACACUGGUUCAAUCAGCUUUUAAACCAAACCGCCAAACCCAGGAACCCGAUAGCAACCGGAGGACAGUGUCAAUUAACAUCGCGUUGAUGUGGGAUAUCCUCGACUUCACAAGCGCUAAGAAGCCUUCACAGAAACCAGGUCGUGGUCUUUUUGACCCGUCAUUUAUUCAAGAUUGGGCAGGAAAGGAUGAAAUAAACAACGGCAAUGAAGAUGAAGACGAACAUACAGUUGAAACGCAAAUAUUCCAUCGCCCCAACCCUGCUGCCGACGUCGAUACUUCGAAUGGAGGCCAGGAAUUCCCGCCGUUUUCCGACGCAGCGGCACGUCGCAAAGUAGGAAGAGGGAUACGAACACGAACGGGGCAUUCAGCUCCAGCAGAUGAACGACCAGCCCUUCAGCAAGCGCAGCAGCAGCAUCAACAGCAUCAACAUGGGGAAUUUGCUGUUCCAAGCUGGUCAGCGGCCGAGGUGCUGGAAAAUACGGCCGUGAUGGAUAUCAGCUACGAUCCGUUCUUCCAGUUCCAGGACCACGAUAGCCAGUACACUGGUGAAAAGCUGUCCGUGAACAUUCCCGAACAUACGGGAUUCUCUGAUCGCUGGGUAUAUAUGUUCCGUCGAAGCGCCGUCUUCGCCGUUCUGGUUGCAAUUUUGGCAUCUUUCUUGCUAUCGAAACAAUUCCUAUUUCCAUCGCUGGACAGUAUUAUCGACAGUGUCGAAAAGGCCAUUUCAAACACAAAACCUUCUGUUACAUUUACAUCGUCUUCGUCUAUGACAUCUGCAGCUAGCCGAGCUACCAGCGCAAUCGCGAAGCACGCAAUGUCCAAACUCUCCCACGCAACAAUUGUGCCACGCCGCUCGUCGGCUCGUGGCCAUGCAGACCACGGCUGGCUGAAUUCAUACCACACCUUCAGCUUUGCCGACUACUAUGACCCCGAGUUCAUGAAUUUCGGUUCUCUGCGUGUGCUCAACGAAGACCGAGUUGCUCCGGGAACAGGGUUCCCAACUCACCCCCAUCGCGACGCGGAGAUUUUCAGUUACAUUCUCAGCGGCGAAUUGACUCAUCGAGAUAGCAUGAUUCAAAAGGGGGCCGAGGGGAAACAGGGAAAGCAGUUUUAUCAAAUGAAAAGGGGAGAUGUCCAAUUUACCACUGGUGGAACAGGCAUUGCACACUCGGAACAGAAUGAGCAUCAAUCAGAAACCGUGCAUUUUCUCCAGAUAUGGGCUUUGCCAUGGAAGAAAGGGCUCCUCCCACAGUAUCACACUCUCUCGUUUGACGACAAGCACAAACAAAAAGCUUUCCUACCGAUUCUCUCCCCACUCGCGGCAGGGGAAAACGCUACUGCAGCAGAGGAAAGACAAGCAACUCCCAAGAUUUUGGGCACAAUCCCCAUCCACGCCGACUUGGUCAUGGGAGCGGGCCUGAUUGGGGUCGACAAGCGGUUCAAAUGGAGAGUUGGAGGACCGCAAGACGGUGCCGUCGCAAACCUGAGCGAUAGAAAAGUCUAUGUUCAUUUGCCGAUGACGAAGAAUGGAAAUUCGAAGAUCAGACUAGACGGGAGAGAAGGUGCGGUGCUCUCGGAAGGCGACGGCGCGUUCAUCAAGGGAGUGAAUGUUGGCGAUGAGCUCAGUGUGGAGAGCAUCGGCGAGGCCGAGGCCGAGGUUAUUGUAUUGGAUAGCAACUAG